AAAAAUGGCAACCAAAAAAAAAAAAAAAAAAAAAGGAGAAAAAAGUGUGCACCAUGAAUUGUAAAAACUAAAAAGCAUUUUGUCUUCUCAACAUGCCCUAUGAAUCAUAUUCGUGGGCCUCUAUCUAUUUCUAUCAAUUGCAUUUCUAUUAAUUUGGGAUCUGUUUGGGCAUAUAAUAUUUCUGGGUUUUUUCUUUAAGCGAAUAUGGUUUCAAAAAAUACUAAAGCUUAAAAAUAGACAUUAUUAGUUGAAAGGAGCAGAGGUUUCGUCUUCCUUCCCUCCAAAGGGCCUCGCUGGCACUCUCUGUCAUAUCUUUCUAAACAACUCUCUCUCUCUCUCUCUCUCUCUCUCUCUCUAAACAACUAACCCAACUGACUAGGAAUCUGAAAAGUUUAUUACAAUUAAAAUUAGAAAAAAUAAACACACCCAAAUACAACUCAAAAGAGACCCCUCCUCUUCUUUGAUUUGUUCGGGUGCUACUACUCGCCCAAUUCCAUUGAAUAUAACUUCACUUUCGUUACCCUCUCCAUCACCAAACACACCCCCAAAAAUCAAUUUACCCUCUCUAUUUUCUAGGAAAAUCCAAGAAGAUCGCGACAAACGUAUUGGAUUUUUGAAGAAUUCAGGCUCUGUGACAUCGUUUUCAAAGCACAAUUCAUUUAUGGGUUUUCGCGAAUUCAAUUCAAGAAUCCAACAAGAAAGACACGAGGAAGCUUUCUGGUCGAUUUUCAUGGGGUUCUUCAGAAGAUGGCACAGCAUAAUCUGGGUGACCUUCUUCUUGUCAUUUUCUUCAUCCGUGCAAGCUUCUAGUAUUGGUUAUGACCCAAAGUCAUUGAAUGCUUUUUUCGUUCACCAUGCAAAUAGGAGCAUAGUGAAGCCCCACACUGGCAUUUUAUACACUGUUCCUCUUCCUGCUAACUUCACAGGCAUGGAACUCACAUUUGUUAGACUCCGUAGUGGGAGCCUUCGUAACAGAGGAGCUAAUUUCAGUUCGUUUUAUAUCCCACCAAAAGUUCGAGCGCAUCCUCAUGUGGUGAGGCUAGCUUUGGUGUAUGAGAAUUUGGGCAAUUGGUCUUCAUAUUACUAUCAUGUGCCCAAUCACUCAUUGGUUGCUCCUGUUGUUGGCUUCACAGUCUUUGAUUCCCCUGGUCCAUAUGUAAUAGGCACCCAAAAGCUCAAUUUUAGCUUCCAUGAGGAACCCAUUUCAAUAUGGUUUCCUCGAAUUGAGCUACAAGGAGGAAAUGUGACUCCAAAAUGUGUCAAAUUUGGUUCUAAUGGGAGCUUUGAAAUUAGUAGCAUGAGCAAGAGAAAUGGAUGCAUCACUAGAAGUCAAGGCCAUUUUUCUCUUGUUAUUCCAUUUCCACCACCGGCAACGCCGCCACGACGGCCACCACCACCACCUCCGCCGCCACAGCGGGCUAAGAAAAGCUACUGGAAAUGGUGGGUACUAGGAUUCGCUGGGGGAGUUAUUGGUUUGGUUUUGAUUGUUUUGAUAGUGAUAGCCGUAUCAAAGCUAGUUAAAAAGAAGAAACUUAAAGCAAUGGAGACUCAGUCUGAAAAAAGUGUGCCUUUAGAUGCAUUUUGGAUUGGGAGAAGUAAAAUGCCUUCUGCAUCAAUGAUUAGAACUCAGCCAGCCCUUGAACAUGGUUAUGUUCCUUGAUUUUAUUUUAUUUUUCUUUUUUUAUUUAUUUAUCAAUUUUCUUUUCUUUGUACAUUUUCUUCUUUUUGCCCAGUUCGCUUGUGAAGAUACCUUUGUUCUUGAAUCUUACACUGAUGAUGAUAGAAUACGUUAUUUGCCCAAA